UGGGAUGAAUAUGAGCUCGUGACGUUAGCUGCUUUUCCUUUAUUGCCGACAAUGUGCACUUCUUCCUGUUUGAAUACAAUAAUGUUUCGUUUGUGACGUAACGUUAACCUCACUAAACCGGUUUUUUGGGUGUAACGUUACCGUUUACAAACUGACACGGACGGCGCUACUCACUUCUUGCUAGCCCGAACAACUCUACAAAUCUGUUCAAUCCGACAUGAAAAGAAACGGCACGUACAAGUUUUUGUCAGUUUUGUCAUUCUUUGUCGUUUGUUUGUUCUUGCUUUUAUUUUGGUUCCUUAUAUUUUACUCACUGUUCCUUGCACCAUAAGAGAUUCAGUUCUUUAGCUUCUAAGCUAAAGUGGCUAGCUAUUUACCCACAAUGCAUUGCUGUGUUGACAAAUCCCGCAAUCACAUGACUCACUAGACCAGGAAGUGAGGAUUUCUGUUCUUGGCAGCGCAUCCCGUAAGUGAAUUUGUGAUGGCAUCUGACAAAAGUGAAGCAGCGUCUUCCCCUCCAGACCUCAAGCUGCAGUUUGCUCCCUUCAGCAGUGCUCUGGAAGCAGGCUUCUGGCAUCAGCUCACUCAGAAGAAACUCAAUGACUACAGAUUGGAUGAAAGCGCCAAAUCUAUUAAAGGAUAUUACUACAACGGUGACCCACUUGGUUUGCCAACUCGCCUGACGUUGGAGUUCAGUGCAUUUGAAGUCGAUGGACCGACACCAGCCCGUUGCUGUCCAGCUACCGGAACACUUUAUAACACCAACACUCUUGAUGCCUUUAAGACCACCGAUAAGAAGGCUCUGCUGGAGAAGGAGGCCAGGGAGAUAUGGGAUGCUAUACAGUCUGGAGCUGCAUUAAAGGACCCAUCCAUCCUCUGCAAAUUCAUUCUGCUGACUUUUGCAGAUUUGAAGAAGUACAAUUUCUACUACUGGUUCUGCUUCCCUGCACUGUGCUUCCCAGAGGGAAUAAAGAUUAUCCAACCGCCCUCUGCCCUAGAGAAAGUUUUCUCAGCAAAACAGAUCACAGCCCUGCAGGAGGCCUAUGACAACCUGUGUAUCAAAAGAGGGACCACUGCUGAGCCUUACUUCAUAAUGAAGUACACAGCUGACACCGUUGAGAUGGCAUCGCUUGAGGACUGGGACGCGUUCUUCACUGAUACAAAGAAGGUUACUGUGGGCGUCUAUGAUCCGUGUACUCUUUCCCAACAUCCGGGCUGGCCUCUGAGAAAUCUACUGGUCCUUUUAGCCAGCCAAUGGGGCUCCAAGCUGGACACGGUGGAGGUGCUGUGUUUCAGGGACCGAACGAUGCAGGGAAGCCGCUCCAUACAGCACAGUGUCGUCCUCCAGAUAAAACUACCCAAGCAUCCACUCAACUCAGCUUGUCCCAAGAGUGUAGGUUGGGAGAAGAACCCUAAAGGGGCCAUGGGACCCAGGAUGGUCAACCUCAGUGAAUGCAUGGACCCUAAAAGACUUGCAGAGUCUUCCGUGGACCUGAAUCUGAAGCUGAUGAGGUGGAGGCUGGUUCCUUCCCUGGACCUGGACAAGGUGGUCUCCACUAAGUGUCUUCUACUGGGGGCUGGGACUCUGGGCUGCAAUGUAGCCAGGACUCUCAUGGGAUGGGGAGUGAGACACAUCACAUUCGUAGACAACGCCAAGAUCUCGUACUCCAAUCCAGUCCGGCAGCCGCUCUACGAGUUUGAAGACUGCCUGGGCGGAGGGAAGUCCAAGGCGAAGGCAGCCGCUGAGCGACUCUCCAAAAUCUUUCCCGGUGUGAAUGCAGAGGGUUUCAAUAUGAGCAUCCCCAUGCCCGGCCAUCCGGUAAACUUCUCCGAGGCCACUCUGUCGCAGGCCCAGAGGGACGUCGAGCAUCUAGAGAAGCUCAUUUCUGAACACGAUGUGGUCUUCUUACUAAUGGACACGAGGGAGAGCCGCUGGCUGCCUACGGUGAUCGCUGCCAGCAAGAGGAAGCUGGCGGUUAACGCCGCUCUGGGCUUCGACACAUUUGUCGUAAUGCGCCACGGCCUGAAGAAGCCCCCCGUCAGUCAGAGUGCUUCCGCGGGAGCGGACUCCUCCACUUCCUGCUCCUCCGCCUCCUCCUCGUCCACACCGGCCGGCUCGGCGUCCCCCGUCCCGGGGUCCUCUCUGUUCUCCAACAUCCCGGGACACAAACUGGGCUGCUACUUCUGCAACGAUGUCGUGGCACCAGGAGAUUCAACCAGGGAUCGGACUCUGGAUCAGCAGUGCACAGUGAGCCGACCAGGCCUGGCCAUGAUUGCCGGAGCCCUGGCCGUGGAGAUGAUGGUGUCCAUUCUGCAGCACACCGAAGGGGGCUACGCAGUGGCAAGCAGCAGUGAAGACCGGAUGAACGAGCCUCCCACCUCUCUGGGUCUAGUGCCACACCAGAUCCGGGGCUUUCUCUCGAGGUUCGACAAUGUCCUGCCUGCCAGCCUGGCCUUUGACAAGUGCACUGCCUGCUCACCCAUUGUCCUGGAGAACUACGAGAGGGACGGUUUCAACUUCCUCUCCCAGGUUUUUAAUUCUUCCCACUCGUUCCUGGAGGACCUGACUGGGCUGACCCUGUUGCACCAAGAGACACAGGCUGCAGAGAUUUGGGAUAUGAGCGACGACGAGAGCAUCUAAAGGACCGGAGGCCCUCCAACCCCGCCCCUUCCUGUGUGCUCUGUUUCUUUUGGAAUCACACAUUUGUGCAAAGAGGAGCUCUGGAGGCGACAGGAGAUACACACACACACACACACACACACACACACACACGCACACGCACAUAACACUCAAGUAAUCAAAAGCAAAAGCAUCACUAAGAGAUUCAGAAUAGAGCAGUAAUCAGCUAAAAUAACAAACCGCAACAGAAUCUGUUUUUCUGUUUCUGCUCAAAUAUUCCGUGUUUGUUACGGGAGAAACGAGGCGAGAGAUCGAACAACUUGAAGCUGCUGUAUUUAACGAAUGCACGUACUUUAUGUCUCAUCCAGUCCCAUUCAACGCGCAUUGUUCAGUCACUCCACAAGGCAAAGCGCGGCCUCGGGUUCGAUUCCCUCCCACGGCCUCUCCUUGGACCCACUUAGCGGGUUCGUCCUUUGGCACGACAUCGACCGGCGACAUCUGCUCGCUCAUUCAGCUACGCGGCGGAGGAAUUGGGAAAUUGCAAAAACACAGCAGACAAACCAGGUCCGAUCCGUCCAUCGCUCUCCCCGUAGGACCAGAACCAGGUCUGUUGAUUCCACAUAGGAAACCCGCAAGCAGACGUCGCCGCGCAACUCUGGCUUCUCGAUACGGAAACGAUGAAGUGUUACUGCGCGGUUUUCUCCAGAACAAACCCGCGGUCUUUAUGGUGUUUGUGUUGACGCAUGGAUUUGUUUGUUCGUACACGUCGGAGUUGCUUUUCGUACUCUUAUCGUUGGCCAUUUAUCUGAACUUCUAACAUGUACUAUAUUUUCUGUGUAAUAAAAUGUACAUUUUGACAAAUGCUUGGAUGUUUGUGGAAGACUAUAGGCGCAGUGGGAAUGUGGUGAUUCAUUAAAAAAAAAAACUUGAAUUGUGGGAGAAAUGAGUCCUUUGAAAAGAAAUGGCAGAAUGCAAACUUCUUUCAACGUGUGAGUGUAAUCGGUUCUGACUUCAUCGGUUUGGGUGUCGCUUGUACUCUUCUGUAAGUAUUUAACAAAAGACUGUAAUAAAAUGUCUCUUUGCUAA